AUGGCUUUUGACGAAGAAACUAAACCUCACGAUUUGCUUGGCUUAAGUGAAGACGAAUCAUCAGUGUCUGACGAUAGCGAUCAAGAACAAAAUGAGCGACUUCCAGCACAUCACUUGCGUAAAGACAAAAACGUACGAAGUGUGUUGGACACUGCCGGUGACAAUACCGACGAGGAUGAGGACGACUCAGAUAGCGAGCAAGAAGAACGAGAUAUCAGUGACAGUGCUUCUAUCAGCUCACGAUAUGAUUCUGAGGAAGAGCAAGAGCAACAAUCAUCUGACAGCAAUACUAUGAACAAACCCGCUGGCAGUCGAGCGAACAAGAAGAACAAAUUAAAGAAGCUGACACCAGAAGAGCUCGAGAAAUUUGAAAAGGAGCAGAAACGAUCUGGUGUAUGCUACUUAUCUCGUAUUCCACCAUUCAUGACUCCACAGCAAGUAAAAAAACUAUUAAGCCAUUAUGCUGAAGUAGGGCGAGUGUUCUUCGAGACCGAAGAUGCACGGACUGCUGCACGACGCAAGAAAUAUACCAGGGAUCGACGUACUCGCUUUACAGAAGGCUGGGUCGAAUUCAAAGAUAAGAAGCGAGCCAAGACGUUAGCUGAAUUUCUCAACAUGCGACAAAUUGGUGGAAGACGACAGAGCCCUUAUUAUCAUGACACUUGGACAAUAAAGUAUCUCCCAAAGUUCAAAUGGCGUCAUCUUACAGAACAAAUGGCAUAUGAACGCAAAGCACGGGAGCAGCAGUUGCAGGCUGAGACUGCACAAGUCAAGCGUGAGAAUAAGGCAUAUCUCGAUAGUGUGGCUCGUGCCAAAAUGCACAAAAGUAUGGAAGAGCAAAAGCGCAAGCACGGUCAAGAUCAUCAAGAGGCCAAAAAGAUCCGCCGGACGUUUACUCAGAGAGAGAAGAAACAACGUGAAGUUACACUGGAUAGCAAAGAAAUGGAAAAGAGAGCUAUGGAUGGUAUUGAUAGCCAGGUUAAAAAUGUUCUUAGUAACAUCUUUGCAUAA